GGCUGCAAUGAAAUCGUACUGUAAGCCGUAAGCUUUCUAUACGAAUUAAGUUAUUGAACCGGAGUUGGUUAGAAUUUCGAUUACUUUGGGGAUGCAAAUGAUGCAAUAGAUAACUUUAUGAAAUAACAAACCAAACGAACAACUAAACGCAAGAUCAAAAAAAAAAUGACAUUGACAGAUUUGACAGGUCAGGCCUGUGAGAAAAGAGAAAAUUGAUGAAAAUUCCAAAUAAAAUCCUAUAAAACAAAAUCCUUUGGGUUUGUGCCUUACUAUUGUAGAUAUUUUCAAUAAGCAUUAAGUUAUAGUUAAAUAAUGGCAUCUUUCCAUAAAAUUAUUGUUAUUGUUGGAUUCAUAUCGCUGUUCCAUUCAGCAUUUUCUGCUGCCCAACAUCGUUCUUAUCUACGAAUCACCGCACAGGAAUUCACAACAUUACCAUUAGAUAUUGUAGUGCAAGCUGUAACCAGUCUAUUUGCAGUGAUGUGGGGAGUCCUCAAUGUGGCUGGGAAUCUUCGAGAGAUCCAGGCAGCUGCUGAACUGAACAACAUCAAAUGGGAGACCCAACGGAACCUUCCUUCUUUCUACAUCUUCAAUCACCGAGGCAGGGCAUUAGCCUUUGAUUAUGUCCCCAGCGGUGGGAAGGCAGAACUAGAGAAUUUAGAUUCAUAGGUUAAUUUCUUUGUAAUAAAUGUAUUUAUAAAUGAAUAAUAUAGGUAAUGGAUUGAUAAGAUUAUAAAAUUGUUUUUUUGUGAUCAUCACCAAGUUUCAACUGACAAAUUUAUCAUAAUUUAUUGAACUAUUCAAUGAAUG